AUGAAUGAGAGAGGGACCCCAGACCCGUAUACCUGGCUCCCCAGCCAGGAGCAAUGGUGUCAGGGAGAGGAGCCCCCACAACUUCUGGCUGUAAAAAGGAUCCCAGGCCUUUUGCCUCAUUGCAUACAAGGGAGCAAGAUCUGUUACCAGCAGCUCUAUUGGAGCCAUCCAAGGAAAUUCGGCCAGGGUUCUCCUUUUUGCCACGUCUGCUCAAACCAGCUCGGUCUGAUCCAGAAAUACGGCUUCAGUAUGUGUCACCAGUAUUUCUAUCAGUAUGCAAAGGAUAUAGGCUUCAUUAAGUUGGACUAA